GAAGGUGCACAAGAAUAUGACUAAUCCCCCAGGUAGGCCCAUUGUGGCGGGCAUCGGGAGUCUGACGGAAAGAGCGUGCACUUAUGUAGAUUUUUUUCUACAGCCAUUGGUUCUGGAUUUGAAAUCACAUGUGAGGGACUCCAUGCAUCUAAUGGAACGUUUGGAAGAUAUAUCACUACCAAGAGAUUUUCUACUAGUAACCUGUGAUGUGGAGUCUUUGUACUCGAAUAUUAGACAUGAGGAUGGCAUCAAAGCAGUCACAGAGAUCCUCAACACACAAGGCUCGGAGACACAAUGUCAAGAAUUCAUUGAGCAGUUGAAUGACAACAACCUGCAGAUUCGCCUUACAUCGCAAACCUCGGAUACAAGGGUGGAAUUCCUGGAUUUAAAGUUAAUCCGGAAUGAGGAUAAAAUCACCACCUCUCUGCAUCGUAAAGAGACAGCUACGAAUAAUUUGUUGCAUUUUGGAAGUUUUCAUCCGGGACACACCCGUAGAGGGAUACCCACGGGCCAAUUUUUAAGACUGAGACGUAACUGUUCACAAAUGGAGGACUUCAGGAGACAUGCGAGGGAUUUAACGGAGCGCUUGAGGGUGAGAGGUUAUCCUAAAAAGGUUAUAUCAAGGGCUUUUCAAAAAGCAUUGCACUCUGACAGAAAUGAACUAUUGAAACCGAGGACACGAUUGGAAGACACAUCUCUACGCCUCACUACACCAUACAACAACCAGUGGAAUCAGAUACGACAAUUACUACAUCAACACUGGACCAUUCUGAAAUCAGACCUGAAGAUUAACCCCUUAAUACCAACAACCCCAUUACUAACAGCAAAACGGGCACGGAACCUGAAAGAUAUUCUGACACAGAGUCAUUUUGCGAGAUCGAGAGGAAAAAGGAACAGAAAGCAAGAAUACAUUGGCUCAUUUCCAUGUGGUGUAUGUAGGCCAGACGACACAGGAACUGAGGAAACGAAUUCAGAAGCAUUUUUCCACAAUUUCGCUAGCCGAUAGAGACUUUAAAAGUGAGAGAACUUUGAC